ACUCGUUGGGUCAGAGGCAGCAUGCAUGGAUCCAAGAGCCGCCGCUCCGAGGUAAUCGCAACCGGGUGUGGAAUCGUGUCGUUCCGUUUAUAAACGGCCCGGAGAGUUCGUUUCGAUCCCCAUUUCUCGGACCAUCUCAACUGCUGCCAGACUUUGUCUCCUUCCUGACUCCUUUCUUCCUCGUUGACUUUGUUUUGUACAUCGCAUUGCCCCAUACAAGAAAUUCCCACGAUGGGCGCACUCGACAGGCUUUCGCAGCUGGGAAACCAGCUCUCCGGCGGCGCCAUCGCAGGCGGCAGGGCCAAGCUUCUGGAGAAACACCCUGACGAUAUCGUCGUCACGGUAGCUCUCCGGACAGCCAUCACCAAGGGCGGCAAGGGCGGCUUCAAGGACACGCAUGCGGCCGACCUCAUGGCCGGCGCCCUGAAGGGCAUCAUCGACCGGUCCAAGAUUGACCCGGCGCUCGUCGAGGAUAUCGUCGUCGGCACUGUGCUGGCCCCCGGCGGCGGCGCCACCGAGAUGCGCGCCGCCGCGCUGGUCGCCGGCUUCCCCGAGUCGACGGCCGUGCGCACGCUCAACCGGCAGUGCUCGUCGGGCCUGCAGGCCUGCGUCGACAUCGCGAACCAGAUCCGCGCCGGCAUGAUCGAGGUCGGCAUCGGCGCCGGCGUCGAGAGCAUGUCGCUGCAGUACGGGCCCGCCGCCGUCACCGAGUUCUCGGACCUGCUCGAGAGCCACCCGCAGGCCGCCAAUUGCAAGGUGCCCAUGGGCGUGCUCUCGGAGCAGAUGGCCAAGGACCGCAACAUCACGCGCGCCAGCCAGGACGCCUUCGCCGCCGCCUCGUUCCAGAAGGCCGCCAAGGCGCAGGCCGCCGGCCUGUUCAAGGAGGAGAUCCUGCCGCUCAAGGUCAAGUUCGAGGACCCCAAGUCGGGCGAGACCAAGGAGAUCGUGGUCGACCGCGACGACGGCAUCCGCGACGGCGUGACGGCCGAGUCGCUCGGCAAGAUCCGCCCCGCCUUCGCCAAGGACGGCAGCAUCCACGCCGGCAACGCCAGCCAGGUCAGCGACGGCGCCGCCGCCGUGCUCAUGAUGAAGCGCUCCACCGCCGAGCGCCUGGGCCAGCCCGUGCUGGGCAAGUUCGUCGCCGCCUCCGUCGUCGGCGUGCCGCCGCUGCUGAUGGGCAUCGGGCCCUGGAAGGCCAUCCCCAAGGUGUUCGAGCUCACCGGCAUCACCAAGGACGACGUCGACAUCUUCGAGAUCAACGAGGCCUUCGCCAGCCAGUGCCUGUGGUGCGCCAACGAGCUGGGCCUGCCCCCCGAGAAGAUCAACCCCAAGGGCGGCGCCAUCGCCUUCGGCCACCCGCUGGGCUGCACCGGCGCGCGGCAGGUGUCGACCCUGCUGUACGAGCUGAGGAGGACGGGCAAGAAGGUCGGCGUGACCUCCAUGUGCGUCGGUACCGGCAUGGGCAUGGCUGCAGUGUGGGUGGCCGAGUAAGGCCAGCCGGGGGGGCCCGGGGUAAAGAGGCUAGGGGGGAUGUUUUUGUAUAUCUAUGUUUAAUGACAUGAUGGCCCGUGUAUUUCUCAAAAAGGGCAAAAAGAAGUGCAUCCAGGUUUUGGGUAUGCCUGGGCAGGUCAUGACCGUCAACUCGC